AUGCUGCAGACGUUUCGGCUGCGGCGUCCCUCAGCUGCUGCUUCGGUGGCAGCUGAAGAAGCAGACAUGUGCCGUCAGGAUGGCCAAAAAGAACACUUUCCGUUGGUAGCAGCGUUAGUGGUCUGUGUGUGGGUGCGUGCUACUGCCGUGGCCUCUGCUACUGUGGAAGCAGCAACAGCGGUAGCAGCAGCAGCAGCAGCACGGGAACAACGCAACCCUGACAGGCGCGCGCAGAGGCGCGUACAGCACGAUCGACUUGACCGACUGGCAGACGGAGGAGGAGACAACGGAGCGAAGGAGAUGGCGGCAUAUCAACAGGCGAUGUGCGCAACUGACUACCUCAAGAGUAAGGUGCACUACAGACCGGUGGUGGGAAUAAUAUGCGGCUCGGGACUAGGCAGUAUAGCCGAUCUUGUCGGAAAUCCGCGAAUGGUGCGAUAUGAUGAUAUUCCUGGAUUUCCAGAUUGUGAAGGUGAGAUUGAGAUGGAGGUUCAAGCCCAUCCAGUUAAAAAAGUAAUUAAUACUCCCUCCUCAAGGUUAUCCAAGUUUCUAUUCCCUCCUAUCCCUAUUUUCAUCGGCAAUGAGGGGAAGUUCAUUUUUGGCGAGAUCGGAGGCAAACACGUAGUGGUUGUGCAGAGACGUCUACGAACUUACGAAGGACAUGAUUAUAGUGUUAUGACAGCGCCAAUCAGAGUGAUUCGAUUGUUGGGUGCAAAGUAUCUCUUCGUUACUACCACUGCGGGCGGGUUAAACCCACGUUUCAAGGUUGGCGAUUUGGUGAUGGUGAAAGACCAUGUAGAUUUCUCCUCUUUGGUUGGACACAAUCCCCUUAUUGGACCACACGAUCCUAGGUGA